AGCGUGUUUCUCAUUAUUUUCCAUUAUUUUAUCACUGUAAUUGUUGAAUUAUAAAAAUAAGCUAAUGCUAUAAAACUAAUUAUUUGUGUUUACAGCCAAGCAAAUUUUGGACAGCCUAAUGGAUGUUGAUAUUUUGCUUGACAAUAAGGAAUACUUGUAUGGUGAUGAUUUUCUUGAGCAGUUAACAAAAGACUACCAAUGGUCCUCAGUGCUGGAUGCAACUAAUGCGUCUCCGAGUGAGAUUCUAGCAGAUGCUGCUUCAUUCCUUAUUCCGCCAGUUUCACCAAUACAGAGCAUCAAAUCGUCUUCCAAUGAUAGUAGCAAUUCAGACUCAAGCAGCGAUGAUGACUCCAAAAACAGCUCCUCAAAUACCCCCAGAGAUUCCUCUGUGUCACCAUUUGACUGGAUCUCCAGUUUUGAAGAUGAACCUGCAAAUAAUUUGAAUUUAGAAGAUAUAGAACAGUUCCUACAGAAAUGUGAUUCGUCCAACGCCAUUCCGUCAUUGACUGUGCAGCCGCCAAAUGUCAGGCCGCCGGAAAAUACCCAGGUGCGGCUGCACCACCGGCCGGUGGUCGCCAUCGAGAAUGGAGUCAUCAAAAUAGAGGGGAUCAAAUAUGAAAGUACAGUCUUAAAUCGAAACUUCACGAAAACGCAACCCGUGGAUAGUAAUGCUUGUAAAGUCAAUGGAGGCCUACCAAACACACCAAAUUAUUUCAAAGUAGUCAAUGAGCACAGCUUACCCAUAGUCAAAGAGCAAGUUGUGAACAAACAAAUUAAGCUGGUAGUCGAUCAGAAGAAAGUGCCUAGUUUGCUACUGGAUCAAGCUAACAUUCCGGAAAGCACGAAGGUGGGCAAGAUCGCCAUAUCUCCUUUACCUCAUAAAGUCAACUACCAAAGAAAGGUGUCGCCGCCUCGAAACAAUAUAGUAUUGUUGCCCGCGGUACCGAACACAAGUGCAAACGGAGCAGUACAAAAGCCAAUCGCUACAGACGAUAAUUCCCUAAGCUCUGUCGACUUAACUAAUUUAAGUGAAGAAGAAAUCAAAGCGUUGAAGAAACAGCAAAGGAUGAUUAAGAAUCGUGAAUCAGCGUGCCAGUCCCGUCAGAAGAAGAAAGACUACGUACUUUCCCUCCAGCACCAAUUGAUGGAAGCCCAUAACGAGAUCGCGCAGCUGAGACGAGAGAACACCGAGCUCCGGAGCCAGCUAGCUCUCUGCCCCCCGAGGGGCCGCAAGAUCCCGCGUUUGGACGGCAGGGUGUUGAUACCUAAGAAGAACAUCGCCCUGUUGUGCGCUAUGGUGUUCAUGGUGUCGCUCAACUUCAACAUAUUAGGGUGGGGUUCGAAACCACUGGUGGGGCCUACUGGCACUCACGUCGGCACCAGACACUUAUUAUGGUCAGAGGGUAUCAAAGAAGUCUCCGAGCCAAGUCAGGUCGAUAAAGAAUUUGAAGACGCCUCAAACCAGAGCGCCUACAGCCCUGACUGUCAGAACGUAACAGUGAAAGACAUGGGGCAUAUUAAUCAGAACGAGAGCAUUAGACUCGCAGGCGAGCUGAAGCGGUGGAUCGGACGCGGCACGACGCUUAACUGGACGAACAAGGAAGCCAAACCAAAGAGGAGGACUAGUCGGUACUUCACUGAUAAUAAAGUUACUGGUCUUUUAUAUGGGUCAUACAAGCUUUACAACAAGCUGAACCUAGACGGUAGUUUCUACGAUAAGCCGCGCCUCCGCCGCAUGAGGCGCGGGAAAGAGCUGGAGUUCGGAACAGCUGUGAUGGACUACGAAACUCUUUACCCGAAGGUGAAGCCUGACUAUGAUUACGGUGACUUCGGCGAGUGGAACGCAUUGCUGCGCGCGCUACACCGCCGCGACGACACGUUCUACGUGGUCGGCGUGGGCAAGGGAGAGCAUCUGCUGUUGCCGGCCGUCUCGCACAACGUCACCACGCCGCCCAAGAUGGCGCUCAUACUGCCCGCUAAGACCGGGAACGAUUCCACAAUGACUGACCACGUAACACUAAUGCAGAUCGAUUGCUCCGUGGUCAACACUACCCUCGUCCAACUAAAGUCCGAAGCCCUACCCAAGAGCAUAAGAGCGAAGAACGACCAGGUAAAACCGGCCGUCUACCCCUCCAAGCCUAACAAGAAAAAUUUUAACAACAAAGGAAUGCCGGAUAAUGUCGAUAUACUCCACAACAUAAGCAAUAAUGUAUCCAACUUCCCAGUAAACCAGAACCGUGAUAAAAACUUAGAUUUAAGCAAGGACGAUUUCUUCGCCCAAUAUUUAUUAUCAAAAUACGAAGAAACUAAAGGUGAUACAAAACAGGCCAAUAGUAGUAAAACAGAGAAAGAUGAAACACAGAAGACGGGUUCUGUCUGAUAUUUUUUUAUGAAGGGUCGUAGUGACAGAAAACCGUUGUUAACGUGCGGUUAUAAUCCUUUUUGAUUCUUUGCGUUACUAUAUGGUGUAAAAUUCGCGUUUGGGCUAGCUAAGAGUUUUAGUUUUAGACAUGUACUCUUGUUUCUCGCAGUGCAUUCUCAUUUGAUUUGCACAUUUACAUGUGUUUAAAUUUACUACUAUCGCUUAGAAGUCUUAGAACUACAUAUUUGGAAUCACUAUUUAUUACUUGAUACUAUGAUAAUCAUAAGCGUUGAGGGAGAUUAUUCAACACAUGAUAUUUGCAGAAUGGUUUAUACCCGUCUUUAUAAAUGUACCGUCUUUAUAUAUUGUGUUGAACAAAGGCGGAAAUCCCAUUAUUUACAUAUUUUCAGUCAGAUAAAAUAUUGGAUUAUUUUAUUAUGUUGCAAAUGAAAAUGUGAAUCAUUACUUCCUCCCUAUACUGCAGACAAGGCGUCUCAGUGCCGUUUUCCGCAAAUCUCUCUUGUCAGGUCUGUGGUAUACCAUGUCUGUCUCGCACCGGUCUAUUCAGCCACCAAAAACGGUGUCUCUCCGGUGUUACACCAUAAAUGGUCUGCAAUAAACGCAAAGGAGAAUGAA